AUGUCUUCCACCAGGAGUGAGACGACUACGAACUUUGGACAGUGCACGUACAGCGCCGAGGAGUACCAGGCCGUGCACCAUGCCCUCCGCCGCAAGCUGGGCCCAGAGUUCAUCAGCUCCAGAGUGGCAGGUGGAGGCCAGAGGGUGUGUUAUGUGGAGGGCCACCGCGUCAUCAGUCUGGCCAACGAGAUGUUUGGAUACAACGGCUGGUCUCACUCCAUCUCACAGCAGAAUGUCGAUUUUGUCGACAUCAUUAAUGGCAAGUUCUACGUCGGCGUCAGUGCCUUUGUCAAAGUAACACUAAAGGACGGGGCGUUCCAUGAAGACGUGGGAUACGGCGUCAGCGAAGGCCUCAAGUCCAAAGCUCUGUCUCUGGAGAAGGCCAGGAAGGAGGCAGUGACUGACGGCAUGAAGAGAGCUCUCAAAUGUUUCGGAAAUGCACUUGGAAACUGCAUUUUGGACAAAGAGUAUCUUGUAGCCAUUAACAAAAUUCCCAAGCAGCCUCCUGCGCCUCUGGACCCGGCCCAAACCAAGCGAUCAGCGGGUGAACCUGCAGUGGAGAAGGCACGCAUCUCUAGCUUUGUCCAAGAGGAAAAUAAAGUGAAGGCGGAACCUCCAAGAACUCCUUUUGAACCGAGAACCUUAAACUUCCAGCAGCACCUGGAAAAUCAAAGUAACUCUGCGCCUGCGCUCAAUGGUAGGACAGAGACGUUUACUUCCAGACCCAAUUCAAACACCCUUGAUGGAUCGACGCCGGCAGACCCCAAGCAACUGAGAAAGCUUCGACAACAACAGCUGCAGCAGAAGUUUAAACAAGAGAUGGAGGCUAAGAAGAAGCAAGAGAAGGAGCAGCCACAACAGACAGAGGGCGCCAGUGAGAACCGCUCCAGUGGAGAUUGCCGUGUGCCUGUGUCGACUCCUCCUGUGGCGCCCAAGGAGGAGUACUCAGCAGAUGACCCUGAGCUCUGGGACUUCACUCUGGAAGGGGCUGAUGAGUUCCUGGCCCCAGUGGAGGGCCCCAGCAGAGGACCCCAUCCGAGCACGCCCAGUAACCACCAAAUGCAGACGCGCAGUAAGACCCCGCAGAGGCCCCCCUGCAGACCCCCGGAGCAAACCCACAGUGGGCAGUAUAGAGAGCAGCAUCCGCAGAGCAGAGAGGCCUACAGUCCAUACAGACACAGCCAACACAUGAAGAGGCGCAAACUCGAAACAUAA